AUGUACGGCAAAUCGCAGCCUCCGCUGAAGAUGAAGGCUUGCCGUUUAAAGCGAGGCAGCGGGGUUGCUUUGCUACUUAUGAAGGGCUACAUAGUUUGCAUCACACUACUCUACAUUUUCAUAUUCAGAUCGGCAUCGUGCGGCAUAUUUUCGCAUCUCAGUAAUACAAGUUCUUCCAGCAUCGCCAGUCCCAUCCAAUUGGAUUUGGAAAGCACCUCUGGUUCGGUCCAGAAAAUUGAAGACGAGUUGACCGUUAAUGAAUCGUCCAACGUCCUUUCCCCCGAUUUUAGUAGUAAUAAGGGGGAUUACGUAUCUAAUAGUGACAAAGAUUUAUCACAAGACAUUGCAAUCCUGGACAGCGGAAGCUCUAGAAGAAAUUUUUUAGGGCUGGUACUGGAUUCUGGGCAUUCACUAGUACACCAAAGUGCGGCACUAAAGCUGAUAAUUGUCCUAACUAUUUUGGCAGUAUUGGAUUUGUUUUUGAUAAUUUUAGCGCACUAUUCGCACUAUGUCAAGGCGUUUUUGUUCUUCAAGUUGUCGAGCCAUAGGCCAGGUUCGAAAAAGCACCUGGAGUUUAUAGUCAGGCGGGCCACGCAUAUGCUGGUUUCGUCGAAGCAUGCAAAGGCAUCAAGGCUAGUGGAGUUAAACAAGAGCAGUUACAUGAUAAAUUUUGUAUAUCAUGAUGAUAAUUGGAUUUUUAACUCUUCCAACGGUUUGUUUGAGCCGCUCGGUCACUUUGAGCUGUCAAACUACAAAUGCUGGAAUGGGCUGAUAAACAUUAAGGACUAUAUGUUGCCUAAUACGCUGGGCGAGAUUUACGAGAUGGCUGAGAAUAUUUUGAACAAUAAAUCUCUGUCCAAUACCACGAAGCGGAGAUCGAUUGAAGAGAGCUGUUACCCUAAAGCCAAGGCGGAAUUCAAUGUAAAUGUGGAUGUUUUAGUGGACAUUAACAGGUCGAAAUAUGGGCAAAAUGACUACCAAAUUCCAAAGCGUGACUUUUUCCAGAUGCUACUCAAGGCCGUCCUGUCGCCAUUUUUUAUCACUCAGAUUUUCAGCGUCGUUCUUUGGAUGCUCGAUGACUACUGGUAUUACGGGCUGCUUUCAUUAUUUGGCAUAUUUUCUAUAGAGAUCCAAAUGAUACUAAAGCGUAUCCGGGAGUAUGACCGUAUUAAUUCAAUGCGUCUUAAUCCCCUGUCGGUUUACGUGUAUAGGAAUCUGUCUUGGACAUUGAUAUCAUCAUUGGAUUUGUUGCCAGGUGAUAUAUACAUAUUGCCAUUUAAGUCUAAUUCAUUGAGGGCGAAUGCUGUGUCCAAAAUGUCUCGUAUUGUUCCAUAUAUGGAGGCCCCUCCCCUCAUAGUGCCUGCAGACACGCUACUUUUGCAGGGUUACGCCAUUUGUGACGAAUCGAUUCUGACGGGGGAGUCGAUUCCGCAGAUUAAAGUAGCGCUGCCUGAGGAUGAAUCUCCAUACAUUUCCGAUUCCAAAUUUUUCAUGGAUAACUUAAACAAGCAGCACAUGCUAUACGCCGGAACAAGGGUGGUACUGGUCAAAUGUGACCAGAAAUCAUUUAAGAAGCGUAAGACACCAAUCCUUGGAUGCGUGGGAGUGGUAACUAAGACGGGAUUUUACACCUGCCAGGGUAAGCUUGUGAAGUCUUUAUUGCACACGGGAGAUAAUAUUGAGCCUGGUACAGUGAAUACGUGGCUGUUUAUCGGAUUGUUACUGAUAGCGGCCAUAGUGGCGUGCUGGACUGUGGUAGAUCAUUAUACCUCACCCCGUUAUAAGGGAGUUGCUAGCGUGUAUAAAUUAGUGUUGAUGUGUUCGCAUAUAAUAACAUAUGUUAUACCUGCUGAGUUUCCUAUAACCCUUUCCCUUUCUGUGACUAUUUCGAUUGCCCAGCUUUACAGGCUGGGCAUUUAUUGUAGCGAGCCAUCCCGGCUUCCAUUCGGGGGUUCAAUUGACAUUUGUUCUUUCGACAAGACAGGAACACUUACCAGUGACCAGAUGCGGCUGUUGGGCAUUUUUGGCUUGGAAGAGAGAGACGCCCGUAUAAAAGAGGAUGAGAUGCUGAACUGUUUGGAUUCUAGUUAUGUAUUGGGCCCUCGUUUGCCAUUUAUCACAGCCGCAGUGAUAGGCGGCUGCAACUCACUGGUGAAGGUUAAUGAUGGGAUUGUGGGCGAUCCAAUGGAGAAGGAAGCCUUCAACGCCCUAAACUGGAACAUAGUAUCCCAAGAUAACGUUGAACUCGAAAUCGGGGGGAAGCAUGAGAGGCUGAGCAUAAUAAAGAGGUUUCCAUUUGCAUCCCACCUUCAGAGAAUGACAUGUGUUGUGCACCACUCUGGAUAUGGCCAAGAAUGGUCCACUGAAGGCAGGCAUUCCGCCGCUCCUGCGUCCGCCCCAAGCCAGGGAUACCUUGUAUUGACAAAGGGCUCCCCGGAAGUGAUAAAGGAGAUGUUGAACGUAUGCCCUCCAACCUAUGUGGAGUCUUUCAAGUACUUUACCAGACGCGGAUACCGGGUCCUGGCCAUGGCUGCCAAGUGGCUUCCCAAUCAGUCUCUCCCCAGCGAAGAGUCCAAUCAGAGGGAAAUUCUCGAGAGCAAGUUGGACUUUGCUGGGUUCCUGGUUAUGGAAUGUCCCAUGAAGCCCAGCUCAAAGGUUGCCAUGGAGAUUUUACGUGCCUCAAGCCACAGGCUGAUAAUGAUAACAGGAGACAACCCCCUCACUGCUUGCCACGUAGCUGCGCAAUCUAAGCUCGUCGUUUUCCAGGGUGUCGAACCAGGCCUGGUUGAUUUUGCGAUCCUGCAGAGCACUGAGCCACUGGAAUGGACGAGGAGGGAUGGAUCAUUUAUCCAGCGCUUUGAGGAUUCAGAUAUUGGCAGGCUCGCGCAAAAGUACGUGCUAUGUGUGCUGGGAGCAGCCCUCCAAUCCGUUAUCAAGCAGUUUCCCUACCACACGAUCGACUUGAUAAAGUAUUCAACAAUAUUUGCUCGUUUUUCCCCGCAGCAAAAGGCCUUUUGCAUAUCAACGCUGAAGAGGCUGAGUCACACAGUGCUAAUGUGUGGAGAUGGAACCAACGAUAUGGCGGCGCUGAAGGCAGCCCACAUAGGCGUUUCACUUUUUGGCAGGGAGUGUUCGAGCAGUUUUCCAUCGAGCGAUGCGCUUUGUGAUGACUUUAGCAUAAGCACGAUGCAGGAUUUUGACGAAAUGCCGCAAAUCAAGCUGGGUGAGGCUUCAAUUGCCUCUCCGUUCACCUACAUAGGCAAUGACGUUAGGUGCAUCCCCCUGCUGAUUUCUAGCGGGAGAUGCGCCCUGUCGACGGCGAAUAUGCUCUACAAGUUGAUGGCCAUUAACUCUCUCAUGACCGCUAUCUCAGUCUCAAUUCUCGCGAUUGACGGGGUGCAGUUUGGGGAUAUACAAUCUGCCAUUACUUCCUUCUUCUACACGUACAUGGUGGUCAUUGUCUCCAAGGCGCCAGCCGCAAAGAAGCUUGGGCAAAGGAGGCCGGAGCAUUCUAUCUUCACUCCGUUCAACUUGAUAACCUUGUGCCUGCAGAUUCUCGUUCACUGGGGCAUCCUCUUUAGGGUUUGGGACAUGGCAAAACUCUGCAGGGACCCAUCAUACGUGCCGGACUUGGACGCGCCGUUCGAGGCGAAUGUGGUGAACACGAGUAUUUAUUACAUAUCAUUUGCCAUGAACAUAUCUAUGUUUGUUUGUAACUACCAGGGGCAUCCCUUUAUACAGCCGCUCCUCUACAAUAAGACUCUCUACCUAUCUCUGUCAUCGGGAUUUGCAUUUCUCACGGUGCUCAUUUUUGAAAUCAUACCUCCCAUCAACGACUGGCUCUCGCUGGUCAGGCUGAGCAGAUUUGGCUUAGUGUGGAAUGUUUUUUCUCUUUCUAUCCUGGAUAUCGCAUUGCCCGCCGCUGUUUGCUGGAUCAUCAAGCUCCUCUACUAUAACGUAUAG